CCCAUUUCCCCAAUGAACGGCAUUGGCUUUUCCUUUAUCACAACUCUUAAAACUUUCUUAUUUCUCUUCCUCCCUUAACACCCCGAAAUUACUCUCCCCCUCUAUUUCUGGUCUACUCCUAGAACACAAAAAAAUUACCUCAUGCAAUGGCUAUUAAUAGUCCAAUAAGUAGCAAGCCGUCCAUGUCUCAGUCUAAAAAUGUACGGAAUGAUGAUUUACUAAAGAAAUCACUAGUAUUUGAUGCCUCGGUGCUACAACAUGAGUCUAAUAUACCUUCACAGUUCAUAUGGCCAGAUCAUGAAAAACCUUGUGCCAACCCGCCGGAGCUUUAUGUUCCACUAAUUGACUUGGGUGGCUUCCUCUCCGAGGACACCACGGCCACCAUGGAAGCAUCCAAGCUAGUAGGGGAAGCAUGUCAAAAGCACGGUUUCUUUCUUGUAGUGAAUCAUGGUGUCGAUGUAAAACUCAUAUCAGAUGCUCAUCUUUACAUGGACCAAUUCUUUGAUCAACCUCUUAUUGAGAAGCAAAAAGCUCAGAGAAAACUUGGUGAACAUUGUGGAUAUGCUAGCAGCUUUUUAGGGAGAUUCUCCUCCAAACUACCAUGGAAGGAAACUCUUUCGUUUCAAUACUCUCCAGAAAAGGGCUCGUCUCAUGUUGUCGAAGAUUAUUUCAACGAGACAUUAGGCGAAGAUUUCGUGCAUUUGGGGAAAGUUUACCAAGAAUAUUGCAAUGCAAUGAGCAAAUUAUCUCUACGGAUCAUGGAACUUUUGGGGAUGAGCCUUGGUGUGAGCCGAAGCCAUUUUAAAGAGUUUUUCGAAGAAAAUGAAUCGAUAAUGAGAUUGAACUAUUAUCCACCGUGCCAGAAACCAGACCUUACCUUAGGCACUGGACCUCAUUGUGAUCCGACAUCCUUAACCAUCCUCCAUCAAGACACGGUUGGCGGCCUUCAAGUUUUUGUCGAAAAUAAAUGGCAAUUCAUUGCUCCAAACCUUAACGCUUUCGUUGUCAACAUAGGAGACACUUUCAUGGCCCUAACAAAUGGAAGAUACAAAAGUUGCUUGCACAGAGCAGUGGUAAACAACAAAAUUCCUAGGAAAUCUCUUGCUUUCUUUCUUUGUCCCAAGAAGGAUAAGGUGGUGAGCCCACCAACUGAAUUGGUGGACUCCAAUAACCCUAGAAUAUAUCCAGAUUUCACAUGGCCAAUUCUCCUCGAGUUUACACAGAAGCAUUACAGAGCUGACAUGAAUACCCUCCAAACUUUCUCAAACUGGCUUCAACUGAAAACAUCUGAAACUAUAGAAUCCCAGAUUUAACCUCGUUUUGGACGUCGUCCAUGUUAUCCUAAUUAUCGCUCUCUAAGAAAACUAUUGGAGGAGGAAAGUUAUGGAAGAUCGAAAUGAAUUUUGGAGAAAAAAGCUAAGGGCACUAGCUACUGUUGAUUUCUCUUGAUCAAUCUAUUAAAGCAAAUUUAUAAAUUAUAGGAUUAUGAUGAAUAAAAGAACAGACUUUCACUAUUACUUA